AUGAAUAAAAUCGCAAAAGUAAACAAUUACAUUUGCAACAGUCUUCCUUUUCGAGAUAUGAUUCUCUCAGCUAUGAAGGUGAGGAGAAAGACCCUUUCCCUAGACGAAAAAUGGGAUCAAAACAGAAUUUUUUUAUCAAACUUACAUUGCGCAAAUAAGAAGCACACGGUGGAAAAUUACACCUCAAUAUUUUUAAAUGACAACAUUUUAAUUGGUAAUAAAGCAGUGGUGAGUGAAGAAGCCUCACCUGAAGAUUCCUCCAAACAGACCCUGCUUUUUUGGAAUAGAAGCCCGGGUGCUAGAUACCCCAAAAAGGCGAACAACGGAGCCCGUCCAGACUGCCGUUCGGUUAGAAAAAUUAGGAAGAGAUUAAAAACGGGCAAGUAG